CGGACCGCCCCCUUCCUCCCUCGGCCGGCGUGCUGUGAAGGAGAGUGUGAGCCAGCGCGGCCGGCGGGCGAGCUCCAGGAGUGCGAGAGGCGGGGCGGCGCGGCGGGCCGGGCUGGGUGUCGCGUGUGCGUGCGGGGGCGCGAGCGAGUGCUCAUCGCGACCCGCCAGCGGCCCCGCGCCGACAACCCGGCGGGCGGUCGGGCGAGCGAGCGGCCAGGCGAGGAGCAGCGGGCGCGAGCCGCAGAGGGGAGCGGAGUCCGCGCGCGCGCACGCACGCACGCACGCGGGGGGCGGGGGCAGGCGCGCGCCCGCCUGUCGCGACAGUCGGGGCCGAGGCACAGGGGGAGGUGGCCUGUCGCGGGUCGCCCGGCUCCCGGAGGCGAGGGGGGCGCGGGCGGAUGGCGGAGGGCGCCCAGCCGCAGCAGCCGCCUCAGCUCGGGCCCGGCGCCGCCGCCCGGGGCAUGAAGCGGGAGUCCGAGCUGGAGCUGCCGGUGCCCGGAGCGGGAGGAGACGGAGCUGAUCCCGGCCUGAGCAAGCGGCCGCGCACUGAGGAGGCGGCGGCCGACGGUGGCGGCGGGAUGCAGAACGAGCCUCUGACUCCAGGCUAUCAUGGAUUCCCAGCGCGGGACAGCCAGGGUAACCAGGAGCCGACAACAACUCCUGACGCAAUGGUUCAGCCUUUUACUACCAUCCCAUUUCCACCACCUCCGCAGAAUGGAAUUCCCACAGAGUAUGGGGUGCCACACACUCAAGACUAUGCCGGCCAGACCGGUGAGCAUAACCUGACACUCUACGGAAGUACGCAAGCCCACGGGGAGCAGAGCAGCAACUCACCCAGCACACAAAAUGGAUCUCUUACGCAGACAGAAGGUGGAGCGCAGACAGACGGCCAGCAGUCACAGACACAAAGUAGUGAAAAUUCAGAGAGUAAAUCUACCCCGAAACGGCUGCAUGUCUCUAAUAUUCCUUUCCGCUUCCGGGACCCUGACCUCCGGCAGAUGUUUGGGCAGUUUGGCAAAAUCCUAGAUGUAGAAAUAAUCUUUAAUGAACGUGGCUCUAAGGGAUUCGGGUUCGUAACUUUCGAGAAUAGUGCUGAUGCAGACAGGGCCAGGGAGAAAUUACACGGCACCGUGGUAGAGGGCCGUAAAAUCGAGGUGAAUAAUGCUACAGCACGUGUAAUGACCAAUAAGAAGAUGGUCACACCUUAUGCAAAUGGUUGGAAAUUAAGCCCAGUAGUUGGAGCUGUAUAUGGUCCGGAGUUAUAUGCAGCAUCCAGUUUUCAAGCAGAUGUGUCCCUAGGCAAUGAUGCAGCAGUGCCCCUAUCAGGAAGAGGGGGUAUCAACACUUACAUUCCUUUAAUCAUUCCUGGCUUCCCUUACCCUACUGCAGCCACCACAGCAGCCGCUUUCAGAGGAGCCCAUUUGAGGGGCAGAGGGCGGACGGUAUAUGGUGCAGUCCGAGCGGUACCUCCAACAGCCAUCCCCGCCUAUCCAGGUGUGGUUUACCAGGACGGAUUUUACGGUGCUGACCUCUAUGGUGGAUAUGCAGCCUACAGAUAUGCACAGCCUGCUACUGCAACCGCAGCCACCGCUGCUGCAGCCGCUGCAGCCGCUUACAGCGACGGUUAUGGCAGGGUGUACACAGCCGACCCCUACCACGCCCUUGCCCCUGCCGCUAGCUAUGGAGUUGGCGCUGUGGCGAGUUUAUACCGAGGUGGCUACAGCCGAUUUGCCCCCUACUGAAGUGACGUGAGACCCCUGCAAAUGGGACAGCCCCCCAGUUCAUGAGGCCUGGCUAUUGCAAUAUUUACUAGUAGAGGAACUCUAUAGCAAGAUGAAGAGGAAAAACAAACAAACAAAAAAAAACACAAAAAAAGAAAGAAUACUUUUUUAUACCUCACUAUGUUCUUUGAAUAUGUAUUUUUCCUUUAAAUUUCUGCCUUUAAUUCUUUUGUUCCAAAGAUUGUGCAUUUUUUUCUUUUUUUUUUUUUAAACUGUGGUAAAAAAAAAAAAAAAUAAUGCAUUUCCAUGUCUGUAUGUCCGUGCUUAGCUUAUUCUAUCAAUCACGGAAGAGGCAGUCAAGGAGGAAGGAGAGACAUUAGGAGCCGAUAAAUGCAUCUGAUCAGAAAUCAGCAGACAGAAUUACCAAAGUGUAUCUGGUGCUGAAUGGCUGGGGGACAAGCAGAAGUGGAAGAGAUCUUUCUGCAACAGGAUAUUCUUCUAGUCUUCUGAGUUUCUGGUCUUUGACAGGCAAUUCUGGUUGGCUGUGGCUGGAAUCCACAUGCUGAUAGAUAGGAAUUUGUGCUUAUAAAGCAGGAGAAUUAAAAAGACGCUUUCCUCUCCUCUUCCCUCCUGUCUUCUCCAUUCUUUUUACAAUCAUCUUACACGCACAGCCUGAGACAGUUGGCAUAGUUUUUGGAAUUAUAGUAUUGAUAUUUCCAAACGUGCUCUCAGACUGUGGAUAAUAAACACCUCAUUAGGAAACCGAUCUCAGAAUGAACUGUGGAGUGUGAAAAAGAUCAUUUCUUUUGUUCCUGUAACCUAGCAUUCCUUCUAGGCUUCUUCUCCUUUAAUUGAACCACAGCUUAGCUCAUGUAUUCUUUUAUUAACACCCUGCUCUCAUGUCGAUAAGAUUCAGGAAUUUAGGACCCAGGGACAGAAAAACGAAUAAGCCAGUGGCCAGAUUUCCCCCAGAUGUCUUGAGGAUUAGAAGUACAAAUUGUUCACAGCCAUUAAAGAGGGCGAGGAAGAGAAAAGGAAUAUUAGAAGAUCUGGUAUUUCUUACUUUUUUCUUGCCUCAGAAAGUACAAAGUUUAAAAAAUAGAAUAAAGAAUCUGCUGGGGAAAGAUAGAGUACCAGGUCCUAGGUCAGUAGUCCCUGGAAGUUUUGGUGAUGAGGACAUGGAAGGGCAGGCAGAGGCACUUUGUACUUGCUCCAAAGCCAUAGGAAUUUUCAUCUUCCAGAGCCUUUAUGAGUCACUUCUCUAUCCACAGUCCUGAGCCUGUGGCUAUCCCGCUGAGCUUCUCACUGUCCUCCAAAACAGCCAGCUGAGCACCCGGACCACUUUGUGUACAUUAACACUACAGGACAUAAAAUGCAGAGGCCCUGAGAUUGCUGCCUUCCCAUAUUGGAAGGAGGGUCUGAAAUGGCAAGGGUCUUCUAUAUCGCCAGAAAGAGUCACGCAGUGAGUCACUGCCAUUGCCAUCUGGCUGUAAUUUUCUAUGUUAUCAAGGUAGGAGAGAGUGUUUCUCUUCUAGCUGUUAGAUAGAACUGAUAAAAGCAAGUGUCCUACAGCAUUUCCCAGAUGAAGGCAUUAGGAAAUAGAAAAGCAUGGUCUUUUUGGCUCCCUGGUCUAUUCACAUUGGUACUAGGGUGACCUUUCACCCAAGGGACAGCUGCUAAAGGGAGUAAUUCAGAGACAUGGAGCUUCUGGUUUGUUAUGGGUUUGUUUUGGGUUUGUUUUUAACUCCUGCCUCCACACACGUUCUUGACUGAUAACUGACUCAUGUCCCUGAGUUAAAAUGACUGACCUAUGACAGCAUCAAGCAUUCUUUGUAAGCAGAGUGAUAUAUCUGAGAGGGCGUUGACCUGUCAUGUAGAAUACAUAUCCUUUCCCCCUUCAGAAUCCUGUCUCGCCUCAUAACUGGGAGAGAGGCUGUGCCUGAAACUAGGGGCGAUGUCAAGGAAGCUAGAGGCCUCGAUGCAAUUAUUGCUGAUUCUGGGGAGGAAGACAGAGAAUAAGGGGACUCCAACUGCCCAGUCCAUUGGCCAUUUUUAAGGGUCCCCCCACCCCAAGCCAAAGUUUGGUUUGUUGCUGUUAAGACAAUUUUUGUUGUAUGUAUAUAAAUAUUUUAGUUAGAGGAGCGGGGAAUGGGAUGCGGGCUUUCACAGUUCUAGGGAAUGGGGGCAGGGAGGAUUUUGCUUUUGCUUUUGCUUUGAGGGAGAACUUUAGCUGACUAAAAAAACGGAAGUUUGGGGUCAUGAUCACAAAGGGGCCAUUCCCAAAAGAUGGCAAGCCACGUACUCAGUGGAGACUAGGCCAAAUUCUAAAUGGUUGUAUCCAUAGCAGGGGAGAAUAGGAGAAUGAGUUUACGAGUUUUUCUCUUCUUUUUUCCUAGAAAGAGGUAAGGAUAAUGGGAAAGGUAGAGAAGGCAUCUCCCACAGACCUUUUAAGAGAGGCAGAAUCUUGAGCUUGAGGCACCUUGAGUGCAUCUCAGUUCAGCUGGUUCUGGCUGAGGCCUCCAAAGGCAAGCUCUGUGCUUCCCAGUGGUUUCUGCUGCAUUUCCAGGGAUGGUGUUUAACACCGCUUCCUCCAGCUCUCUUUUCUAAGAAAGAAUAAAUGGAGUUCUGCUUUUUAUGAAAGGGUCUUUGGUUUUCAGUGUCAACACUGAGAAUUGGGGCUCUUACAAGCAUCUAGAUUUCACAGUAUCAACCUCCCCGUCACCUUUUGAACUUUGAGACUCCAUACAGUCAACUUCACCAGAGGCAGGUUGCUUGAAGCAGCACUGCUUGUCUGUUUCUGACUCUGGUUCUCACCGUAUUAAGAAAGAGAGUCAGAGGAGUCUGGCAUUUCGUGAGUUUGUUAGAGGAUGCUGGCUGAUAAUUCCAGAAAACUCACUGAUGCUAAAUCACAGUACAUGCAUGAUUCUUUUUCAUGGCCUGUACUUUCUGUGCUCUUGGAAGCUGGGCUCCUUAAAGGAGGCCUCUAGUGAACACCUUUAUCUCCAUGUCGCUCUUCGAGCCCAGAGAGCUGCCCAUAGGCAUUUUCCAGAAUUCCUUGUGUCACUUAGUUCAAUUUCCAUUAACUCAGAUCAGCCAUUGUGAUUCACCGUUUGUCAGGCUCUCGGGUUUAACAAAACCUACUAUCACCAUCAUCCUCCAACAGCCACAGUCUGAAUUGGGCCAACAUUUUUUUUUCUUUGAGAAAUGGACUGGGGCACAACUGUUAGUCUGAGGGGAGCUAGUGGAAAUCUAGACAAUAGAAGUCAUCGAUAGCAGCUUUUCCUCAAAUGUGUGACUCCUCAGGGGCUGAACUGCUCUUAGCUUAGAAUUCUGCUUUACUAGAGAUCUAGCAGAUAAGUGGGUUAAUCACUACCACCCUGUAACUAGUUAUAUAGCUUCCAGACAUGAGGGAGACACCAAACAGGGAUGGAAGCAACCCCAAGGAUAUGCAAGAAGGGCAUGAUGAACCCCCUUCCCUCUGGCAGGAGAACAAGGCCAACCAAGGGACAGACUGGAAAGCACUUAGAUGUUUAAGGAGGGGAACGGGGAAACUGACGGGUCCUCCCCUUUUGCUAAGUUCAGCCAGUUCUCUGCUGCUUGCAAUCCCCUAGCACAGUAACAUUUGCAGAAUUGCAGAUUUUUCCCCCAGAUACUAGGAGGAAAGGGACUUUGGGGGGUGGGGAAGGGGUCGUGGUGUUUUAAAAGCAUAAGUUACCUGUUUGCACUGUUUUAAGAUAGGAAAAAAAUAGUGGGCAAGGUGAACGUCGGACGUAAAUUUGUGUGUUUUUAUUUUGUCAUGCUCUUGAAAAUGUUUGACCAUUUGUAGUAUACACAGUGAAACUUGAUUCUCCCUGUUGCAUAAAACACUAUAUUUUUUUGGAAAUGUUACUGUCCAAAAGCCUCUUCCCUCCCUUUCCUUUUCCUGUGUACUUCCUUCAUACUUGCUUUACUGAUCAGCCAGGCAAUAGCCAUCCAAGAGCUAGAGCAUGAAACAGGGCCCCUUCCAAGUAGGCUCUGGGUGUCCUAAGCCAGUGUGUGCCCUCUGGUUUAGUGAGUGUAACAGAGUCCCUGGCACCUUUCUUUGCAAAUAAGGCUUACAGACCAGACCGCAGCAAGUUAUCAAAUUCCUCAAUCAGAUGCACUAGGAGUGAGGAGCCCAGGGAUGGAGGGGGUUCCUGAAGUAUUGCAGUUGGCUGUAGUAGCUGAGUUCUUUUCCAUGUUACCGAAACUGUAGCCAGUUACAGUUUACUCAGGAAAACGGUAGAUCAAUUCAGCCAUGGUAGUGCUGGUUGGCAGAGAUUGGUAACGGAGAGAACUGCUCAUCAGCCAAAACUCAAGCCUUGCCUUUUAGGAGGCCACCAGCAGAGGGACUUGGUCCUCCUUGUCUGGUACUUGUGUACAUGCCGGUGACCUGAGGACUCCACUCACACUGGCGAGCAAAAAGGGAACGGUGAUUCUCUUUUCUCUCCCCACCCCCUGCCCUUUGUUACCAACACCAGUUUCCCAGGGGGUACAUGAGUUUUUGAAUUUUUAAAAAAUAUGUUUUGGUUUGGUUUUUCCGGGGACUGAUAAGUGCUUUAAGCAAUGUCCAUACCCCGUCAAGACUCCCAGCUUAGUCAUUUUCUUGUAUUUUUCUGUUCACAGUAUUUGUGUGUGUGCUUGUUUUGGCAGCUCAUUUUGGCUGUAUUAUAUAUCGAGUGAUGAAUUGAUUCUCUUUUUUCCCUAAGGGAUAUGAAUUGUUUUUCUUGUGUUAUAUUCUGCUUGUGAAUAGCUGGAGCAAACCUGGGGCUGACACACGUAAGCUAGGGCUGCAAAGCGAGAAGAGAGCUGGUGGAGUGUACUUGUCCCUGACAGGCUGACCUACCUGAGUCUCUGAGCUUUCCAGUCCAAAUCUUUGCAAGGCUCAAAAUGCCACAGAACCUCUCCUCUUCUCCCCACUCCCCAUGGCAGGGACCGGACCAUCCCUACAUGCAACAUGCUGUUCCUCCAGCCCCUCCCAUUGCCAUGGCAAAACAGGUACCUUUGGGGCAUGGGGGCAUUACAUGGGAUGCUUAUGUAAUCGACCACCUAGCCUUCUCUCUCCCCUCCCGUCCUCCCCCAGAAUCACUUCCUAGGACACCCGAGCUGCUUGCCCAGGGUCCUGUUUCCCUGCUAACUCCAGAGAAGCAUCCCAGGGCUUUGUGACAGUCUCUAAUUCCCUUCCCUUCUCGUUAAGAAUCAUAUUGUAUAGUAGCUUUCAGACCAUACAGUAUUCAUUGGGUUACUCCUAUUAUUAUCAAGUAGCUGGAAUUGUGAAGGUCGGAGUAGUUAGAUCUUUAGCUUUUAUUCCUUAUUUUUUUGUAUUACUCUCCAUGUGUAUAAAUUAUUGAUCAUGUUGCUGGCUUUUAUAAACUCUAAGCGAAGGAGGAGCCCUGCCUCUGCCUUUGCACAUGGUAAUGAAGCACUGUUUUUAAAUAAAAGAGAGAAACACCA